AAAAAAAGUUAAUAAAGAAGCUAUAAACUAGGCAAAUAUGAAGCUAGAUAAAAAUACAACUUGUUUAUUUGCGGUUUUCCUUAAAUUGGUGAAAGUUAAGAUAAAAUAAAUUUGUCAUUUCAGGUUUUGGGGUCUGUAGUUAAUAAUUAUGGAAAAAAAUAAAGAAGGUGGUGGGCUUUUUAUAUACUUUGCGGCUUUCUCAGUAAAUCUGAUAACGUUCAGUGCCGGAAGCGCCUAUUCGUGGACUUCGCCGGUUCUACCAAAACUAAAAGACCAACUUGAAUCUCCUUUACUAAAACCACCGACAAUUGCCGAAGAAUCAUGGAUUUCUUCGUUGACGAGUCUAGGAGCCUUGGGAGCACCGAUUUUAGCUGGAAUCCUCUCGGAAAAAAUAGGACGAAAGAGAACUUUACUGGCAUUUUCCAUACCCAUGCUGGUCUCACACGCAAUAACAGCGUUUGCUGGCGCAAUAGAAUUGUACUUCGUCGCUAGAUUUUUAGUGGGCCUGGGCUGUGGUUGCGUCUACUCCGUCGUGCCGAAUUAUUUGAGCGAAAUCUCCGAGGAUAGAAACCGCGGUUUAAUCAACUGCUUCAUGACACUCAUGAUCACAACUGGUCUGAUGUUUAAUUACGUAGUCGGUCCGUUUGUAACCGUAAUGGUUUUGAGUUUCGGCAACAUGGUACCACUUGUUUUGUUCUUAACCUUGUUUGCCUACUUUGUGCCCGAAAGUCCGUACUAUUUCAUCGCCAGAGGUGACAAAAGUUCUGCGGAAUCCUCUUUGGUGAAGCUGAGGGGUAAACAACAAGUCCAAAAGGAGCUGCUAACGAUGAUGAGCAGUGUUGAAACGGUCGGAGGAAACCGCGGCUCAUUCAAAGAUAUUGUCAAGUCCAAAGCACUGAUCAAAGGCCUUGUGAUUUGCAAUGGUUUGAUGGUAAUACAACAAUUUUCAGGUAUAAAUGCUGUCUUGGGUUUCAUGGAGCAAAUAUUUAUAUCCAGUGGAAGCAGCAUACCGGCUGAAUACUCGGCAAUUUUAGUGGGUGGUGUGCAAAUGUUAACCGUCAUAGUUUCCACGCAGUUAAUCGAUAGACUGGGUAGAAAAAUUUUGCUUAUAAUUUCCUGUGGAGGUUCUUGCAUAGCUUUAACCUCCAUGGGUUUAUAUUUCUAUUUAAAAACCAACAAAUUUAACGUGGAUGCCUUAUUUUGGCUUCCCCUAUUCAGCCUUAUUCUCUACAUAAUCUCCUUUAAUUUGGGUUUGAGCUGCGUCCCGUGGGCUUUGAUGGGUGAAAUCUUUCCUACAAACCUAAAAUCCAUAGCGUCGACCAUAACGACCUGCUUUUGUUUGGCCCUGGCCUUCGUGAUCACCAUGUUCUUCCCGCAGGUGUCUAUAACGCUAGGUAUGGCUCCUUCUUUCUGGGGCUUCUCUGUUUUUUCCCUAGUUGGAGUGCUUUUUACGCAUGUUAUUGUACCAGAGACGAAGGGAAAGAGUAUGUCGGAGAUACAGGAGAUUUUGGGUGCAAGAGUUCCUAAGUAAUUUUUGGAUAAAUAUUUGCUUUUCACGAUUCACUAUUCGUGCAAUAGCCCUUCUUUAUAUUUUGACCAAUCACAAAAACUCCUUUCAGCAUCUUCAAGUUGAAACAUUGGCAAAACAGUUUUCCUUAAAAGGUUUUGGAACACUGCAUUGUUCAAAUUACUUUUCAACUAGUUUUUAUUUUAGAAAGUAUAAGUUAAAAUUUUUUAAAGUUUUUUUAAACAAUUAUGAAUACGUCUUUCUUGAUUAUGUAAUAAAUAUUAUUAUUAUUAAAAUCAAUUAUUAACAAUUUUUCUUUACCAUGUUAUACAUACAUACACUAGUCGACCCCAAAUAAUACU